AUGGUUACCAUGCCGGGUCAAGUGAAGGUACCAGGCGAGAAGGAUACCCCUUUCCCUCGUCGGCCGGUUGUCAUCCUCGGUGCAGGCAUUAUCGGCUGUGCUGCUGCCCUGCAGCUGCUGCAGAAUGGCUUUCAAGUCACCCUAGUGGGAGAGUACCUUCCGGGUGACGACAGCAUUUUCUACGCCUCAGCGUGGGCUGGAGCUGCAUGGCAUGCUGCUGCCAACAUCCCCGAUGACCAGAAAUACUUGCAGGCUGUCACGCAUCGACGACUGCUCCAGAUCGCCGAAGAGGGUCCUUCGUCCGGGGUCUGUAUCGUCAAUAGUCGGGAGUGCUUGGAUUUUGCUCCCGGAAAGAACUCGUCCCUAUGGGGAAAGACGGUAUUGAAGAAUUUUCGAACAUUACAGCCGGGUGAAUACUCGUCCGAGUUCGACACAGUAUGGGAAUACGACUGCCCGGUAGUCGAUCCUAGCAUUCACAUUCCAUGGAUUGGUGCCAAGGUCAAGUCGCUGGGCGGCCAGUUUGUGCGCCAGAAAGUAGCAUCUCUCCAGGAGUUGUACGACAUGUAUCCAGACUCCAGUGUCUUUAUUAACGCCAGUGGCUGGGGCAGUCGGGACCUGACCGAUGUGCUUGACAAGAAGUCUUUCCCGGACCGUGGCCAGAACGUGUGCCUUCGGACUCCAAACCACCAUGACCUGAUCUUCCGCCUUGGAAAGGAAUACACAUAUAUCAUCCCCCGUCCCAUAACAGGGCAUCUUAUUCUCGGGGGUCACAAUUCCCGAGACAACCUGAGCGGAGAGCCUGAUAUGGAAGUUGCCCGUGACGAGAUCCGUCGAUGCCACAAUCUUGCUCCCGACGCUGUCCCGGCAGAACCAGCCGAGUCAGACGUGAGCUAUGUGAUUGGCAUCCGACCAGCCCGCGACGGUGGGUUUCGUCUAGAGUCGCAGAAAAUCGGCAAUCGAACAGUGCUGUCGGCGUAUGGAUUUGCCGGUGGUGGCUACGCGUUCAGCUAUGGCGUGGCUGAUGCGUUGUUUAAGAUGGUCGAGCAGGCCGAGUUUGACCACGUUGUCCUGCAACAAUAA